AUGAGGCCCGCGGGCAAUAGGGGAUCAUGGGGCCCCUGUGUCCUUGACCAAACUCAAAAAAGCCUAUGAAAAAGGUACCAGGGGCAUCUCAUGGGGCCCCCUACUGACCCCGGGCCCUCGGGCAGUGCCAGAGUUUCCAAAUGGUCAGUCCGCCCCUACACAUGUACAUGUGUUCAUGGUCAAAUUGAAAUCUGUGCUAGAAGAAUUUUACAGAUGUAAGCGUUUUCCAGAAGUUUAUGCUUCUAAUACGUGUAAAGAGAAUCACUUUGCAUACCAUUAAAUGCAUUUU